AUGUCUCUUCAUUCAUCAUUUGGCUAUGACAGUCUUCGAUCGGUUAUAUUUGCUAGAGCAAUAAAAGAAUGUGAAAAAAUUUAAAACGAGCAUUAUUUAUCUGAAAGCGGUUCUGAUUUUAAGAGUAGCAUCUCCUCAGAUUCAGAAAAGCAUUUGUUUGAAAGGGAAUCCAGUAUGGAAGCAGCUGAAUCCUAAAUGACACUGAAUAACUAGUAAUCUACUCUUUCUUAAUUUAAUACUCAACAAUGAUUAAAAUUAUAAUUGUAUAGC